AUGCAUGAAAGAGGUAUUGAAGUCGCGGAGGACAAGGCAAAAGCGGUUCUAGAUGCUCCGGCACCUGGGAACAAGAAGGAACUUCAGAGUUUGCUUGGGAAAAUAAACUUCCUUCGACGCUUUAUUUCCAACUCAGCUGGUAAAACUGCAGUUUUUUCUCCUUUGCUAAAGCUUAAAGCGAAUCAAGAAUUUCAGUGGGGACCUGCGCAACAAGCAGCUUUUGAUAAAAUCAAGGAGUACCUUACUCAUCCACCUGUUCUUAGACUUCUACAGCCUGGAAUACCGUUAAAGCUAUACAUCUCAGCUUCCCCUUACUCAAUAGCAGGACUCUUAGCACAAGAUGGUGAUGGAGAAGGGGGUAAGAAGAUUGAACAUGCAGUUUACUACUUGAGCCAGACCUUGUUAGAGGCUGAAACUAGAUACUCACGAAUUGAGAGGUUGUGUUUAGCUUUGUACUUUGCUGGUACUAAACUCCGCCAUUACAUGCUGUCCUUUACCACAGUGGUGGUGGCACAAACUGAUUUAGUGAAAUAUAUGCUUACCAGACCUAUGCUUAGGGGUCGGAUUGGUAAGUGGAUCUUGGUGUUAUCAGAGUUUUUUUUACAAUAUACACCUUUAAAGGCACUUACAGGACAGGCAGUGUCCGAAUUUUUGUUGCAUCAUCCUAUUAGUGAGGAUAUCGAAGACCAGAACUUGGUUGUUUCCUUUGUCCACACUCAGCCUUGGGUUCUGUAUUUUGACGGCAGCAGCCCUGAUCAUUUAUCAAGAGCAGGUGUUGCAUUGGUUAACCCCUCUAUAGCAAGACAUUGGUAUUCCUUUCAACUAGAAUGGAAGUGCACUAACAAUCAAGCAGAAUAUGAAACAAUCAUCAUUGGCCUGGAACUUUUGCUUGAUCUGGAAGUAAUAGAGGUGGAAGUAUUAGGUGAUUCACUCCAAGUCAUUAACCAGCUCAAGGCACAGUUGGCUACUGGUAUCCGCUUGGUGGAUGGCGUUCGCGAGAGGAUUUUGAAGGUUCAGAGACGCACAUUACCUUCCUUCAUGGCAAGGAAAGAAGUUAAAGAUGAUUGGUUGGUCGCUGUUAUUGACGUUAUUGAUGUAGAUUGGCGACAACCGAAUAUCCAGUACCUCACUGAUCCUUCUGCACCGGUGGACAAGAGGGUUAGAUAUUGUGCUACUAACUACGUCUUUCGAGGCGGUGAACUAUUGCGCAGGGCAGAAGACGGCUUGUACCUGAGAUGCAUCUAUGGAGCUGAGGCUAAGAAGUGCUUACGAGAGGACUAUAUCAGCUUUGCACAGGGUUGCAUCGAAUGUCAAAUGCAUGGGCCAGUCCAGAAUGUACCAGACGUUCCUCUGCAACCAAUAAUUAAAUCUUGGCUAGGUCGCAGCUGGGCUUUAGACUUCAUUGGGGAGAUUCAUCCAAAUUCUUCCUUACAGCACAAGCACAUUCUACUUGCUACAGAUUUCUUCACUAAGUGGGUAAAGGCUAUACCAGUCAAGACAACAUCUUCAGAGGUAGAAGCUAGCAACCGGGUGAUUAUGUUUAUACUCAAACGAAUGUUGGAUGCAAAUCCGCGAUCUUUGCAUACAGAGUUGGAUCAUACGUUAUGGGCUUAUAGAACUUCCAAACGAACUCCAACUGGUACUACACCUUAUGCCUUGAUGUAUGGACAUGAUGAAAUACUUCCUAUUGAGAUUAAUGUUCAGUCGCUGAGGGUUCGCGAGCAGCACCAGUUGAUUGACGAGGACUAUGUCCAGGCUAUGUAUCAAGAACAUGAGGACUUGGAUUCUCGAUGGAUGGAAGCUCUCGACAGCCUUAUUGCAGAAAAUAAGAAGAUAGCACGACUAUAUGACAAACGCACAAGAGGACGGAACUUUGGAGUUGGGGACUUAGUUUGGAAAGCUUGUUUGCCUUACGGUGAGCGAGUUGAUGGUCGUGGUAAAUGGUCUACUAAAUGGGAAGGUCCUUUUGUGAUUGAUCGAGUAAUGGGGAGAUUGGAGGAUAUUGCACAUAGGAGAUGCAAUAGCUCGCAUCGCGUAUCAAAAGAGGUACGAAACGAGCAUGAAGCACUUAUUGGCUUUGGUCCUAAAUUUGGAUGCCUGCUUCCUGAUGCCCGGCGAUUAAAGAAUGUUGAACGCGGCUCAGGAAGGGCUGCCAUUUCCUCUCUCACUAAUCCUGCACCGGGAAGAGCUCAUAAUGCAGGGCAGUUCCCUAGUGGUGAACUACAAAGAAGGGAGGAUGUGAGGGUGGAAUAG